AUGUGUCAAGAGAUAGCGCAGGUGUGCAGUCAGCGAAGCGUGGCAGCCAUCUUGUUUUGAUACUGCAUGCGUUCGUGUUAUUUUCGAGUUUCUUCCAGUCUGUCUUCUGAGUUUGUGUCGGAUACUUGCUGUAAACACUUCUCGGUCGUCGUUGUACUUUCGUCGUGUACAAUAUUCCAUGUUGUUAUUUUAUUCGUGUAACAACAAAACAAAUUGGAUUAUGUGCCAUAAAUUAACGCUGCGUGUCGUGUGCGGACAAAAUUCAAUGGAUAAUUUAAACGUCGCCUCACGAUGAUUACUUGAACUCGGUAGACCCAGUUCGACAGUCAACGUUUGCUAGUUCGGGUUUGCCAGUUUUUAGUAGUUUUCAGUGUUGUUUAUUGUAAAUUUUGAACCUGUAAAUAUUGUUCGUUGUGCUUCAUGAUUGUGUGUUGCUAAUCGUUGUGUGGUAAUAUCGGAUAAUACAGUUUUCAUUCACCAUGUCAAGUCCUCUUGUAAGGUCUGGUGAAUGUAGAAAAUUUGCUCCAAACAUCUUCAACAAAACAAAGUGCACAAAUUGUUUUCGUCAAAAGGAGGAGCACAGUGCUGAGGCUCUGGAAAGCAAUAGGGCUAGCAGAAAAAUAGCAAAAUGUGGCUAUUUAUUUGUGGCUCCAGGAUGGGAUUUUACCGUACCGCUCAACAGAACUAAGCGAUGGCAACGGCGGUGGUUCGUGCUGUAUGAUGAUGGAGAGCUCACCUACUCGUUAGACGAACAUCCGGAAACAGUGCCACAAUGCAGCAUCGACAUGAACAAGGUGGUGGAGGUGGCUGAUGGAGAGGAGCUGACUGGCAACGCGUUUAGUCUGCUGAUCCGCACAGCUGAGGACACGUGUCACUUUGUCAAAGGCACGUGUCGCGAGGAGGCGCGCUGGUGGGCUGACGUCCUCUCUGUCUUUCCAAGGUCAAAGGGAAGACACAAAAGGAAUGCUACCUUUCCUGGCAGUCAAACAUCUCUGUCAAGUGCGUCCAUAAUCCAGUCACCAGUCAGAGGUAUUUUUUCAAAACAAACAGAAUUUUAAUACGUAUAUAUUUUUCAUUUUUUGGGACA